AUGUCUCAAAAUCAGCAAGGUCCCUAUUUUGCUAUUCGUACAUUUCCACCUGCGAAUGCCGUAUCCGAGUUGAAUCUUGAUCACAGUGUUAAUGAAAUUGAGGUUGACAUAUCUGAGAGGAUUCUUGCAAUAAUACAAGUAGUGGAGGCGGCACAGAUAUCCAAGAAUAUAGAAAAAAGAACUUAUCAUGCUCGUGAUGCUAUGAAUAUAGAUGUUAAUGAAGGUGAUGCUGAUGUUGAGAAAGAAGAAGCAUGUUGUAUCUGCUUAAUUGAAUAUCAAGAUGAAGAUACCAUUGGCACACUUCAAUGUGGCCAUGAAUUUCAUGUAAAGUGCAUCAGCAAGUGGUUGCAGAGGAAGAAAAUCUCAUGUAUGUAUUUGCGUGAGUACAUUUCUUUAGCUGAUGAGCAUUCUAAAGAAACUGAGCUAGAAAAGAUUAGCCUACAUUCAAAAUACAAGUCAGAAGAAGCUAAUUUGUCAGUUCUGUGUUCAUUGCUUGAAAAUUAUUACCAAUUGACAACUGGUUGGAACCGUCGCCAUGUUAGUAACCUUUGCUGA